AAAAUAGGUUACGUGUUCAAUGGUCGUCGUUUAAAUCGAACAUGUUGGAUGUAAAAGUUGUCUAUACUACUGUAUAUGUUAUUUCCAUAAUGACUUCAUAUUAUCUUUGAGUUAAUUACAAGUAAUCUGGGUGGUGAGUGGAUUCAUGGGUUAUUUGCAAACUGUAUUAUAAGCAUGACACUUUCUGCAAAGAUCAUGUUUUUAUUUUAUUUUGAGGAACCUUGAAGCAUGUCAGAAGCAAAUAAAGAAUGCAGUGGACACUUGUCUCAGAGAAGCCUAGAGGCAGGUGGUGAAGUACUGGUCGUAGAUACCUCAGGGACAAACGCGGAAGACCAAGCUGCCAGGGACUCAAUGAUUGUUAAAAUUGGGGCAACUGUGCCGACUGGAUUUGAGCACACCGCUGCAGAAGAAGUGAAGGAAAAACUGUGCUCAGAAUCUACAAUAAGCAAAGACCGUGGAAGAAUAUACUUCGAAAUAAACGCAAAAAAUCUACCGCAGGUUCAUUGUCUGAAGUCAGUGGAUAAUUUAUUUGUGGUGGUUCAGGAGUUUUCAGAUUACCAGUUUAAAGACACCAAGGAAGAAACAUUACAGGAUUUCCAGCUGCUUCCUGACAAGCUUCCGUGGUCGAACCCGCUUGAGGUGUGGAAAAUUAACAACGCUUUGAAGAAAAAGAGAUCCUGGCGAAAAGUUGUUAAUAAAAAAUCUACACCCAAGGAAAAUACUAAAAAAGCCAUUGCAGAAAACUGUAGUGAACAAACUCAUUUUGAAAAGCACAGUUCUGCAGAUACUGUAGACAAAUCAGCAAAAAAAUCAGAAGGUCUUUUACUGGAAUCAAAUAAAAAAAACGAAUGUUGCAAUGAUAAAGAUAAAGCACCGAGUGUAUCUAGUGACACCCUGCAAAUUCAGGAAGAUCGAUUGCCUGGUUCAGCUACCGCAGCCUCUGAUGACCAUGAUCAUUGUGACUUACCAGAUGGACAAGAGGCAUCUAAGCUGCUCAAGUUCCGUGUAACCUGCAAUAGGGCAGGUGAGAAACACAACUUUACCUCAAAUGAAGCAGCAAGAGACUUCGGAGGAGCUGUCCAAGACUACUUUCUGUGGAAGCCCGAUAUGACUAAAUUUGACAUUGAGGUUUUGCUAAACAUUCAUGACAAUGAAGUCGUGGUUGCUAUAGCACUUACUGAGGAGAGUCUUCACAAAAGAAAUAUCACCCACUUCGGGCCGACAACCCUGCGAUCCACGCUUGCUUAUGGAAUGCUCAGGCUCUGUAAACCCCAGCCAUCAGAUAUUAUAAUCGAUCCUAUGUGUGGAACUGGAGCUAUACCUUUAGAAGGAGCUAUGGAGUGGCCAUGUUCUUACUAUGUGGCUGGGGAUAACAAUGAACUAGCGAUAAACCGGACAAUCAAUAACAUCAAUCACAUACACAUUAAAAGGCAGAACAAAGGAAGCACAGCUUGUGGUCUUCCUAUAGAUACUGUACAAUGGGACCUGUGUAAACUUCCUAUCAGGACUGGCUCAGCUGAUAUCAUCGUAACAGAUAUGCCAUUUGGAAAAAGAAUAGGUUCUAGAAAGAAGAACUGGGACCUGUAUCCCUCUUGUUUGAAGGAAAUGGGCCGCGUCUGCAGACCAGAGAUGGGGAAGGCGGUGCUGCUAACUCAGGACAAGAAAUGUUUUGCUAAGACUUUGUCUACAAUGGGACACCUGUGGCAGAAGUCUCACACUGUCUGGGUGAAUGUUGGUGGGCUCCAUGCAGCCGUUUAUUUUCUGAAACGAACUUCAUUGUCUUUCAACAAGAUUACAAAAGAAGACAAUGAGAAUAAGGAACCUGCUGAAAAAACAAAGAUUGAAUAAUAAUAAAAAAAUAGGUUUCCAGGAUAAGACAAUGGGCCAGAUUGUGAAGUGCAAGACAUUUUUACAAAUAUUGUAAGGUGGUGCUUAUUUUUUUUUGUACCUGUUGCUAAAAUUGGGUGAUAACAUAAUAGUGUCUUCAAAACAGACCUUUAACUUGUUUUUAUUUCAAUAUCUAGGCUUUUUGAAGAGUUUACCUUGGGUGUUGUUAUAGAAAGUAACAGUUUUAAUGGUAUUAUCAGUGUGACUAAUGGAUCUAGAUUUUCAUUUUUCUUUGAAUUUGUAAUUUAAUUGUAAUUGUCAAGCAUUGUUACCCAAGGAAACCAAAACAGAUGUCACAGUUUUGUCUAGUUCUGUAAUUGUUUCUGUUGAGUCUUUUCAGCUAUGUCUUGGGGUAUGUUAUUACAAAGAUUAAAAAUGAUGGCUUACAUUUUAAAAAGGUCAGGGUUUAAAAGAAAUGUGUGCGUGUUUUGUUUUGGCUAUUGAUUUGAAUGUAGAUGGACUGCAUUUGUAUAUUACUUCUCACUGUAAUAUACUAUAUUACCUCUUUUCCGCUCUACAACCGAGCCCCGCCAAGGCCGUACCGAUCCCUCACGGUGUGGUUAAGGGGAGCCUGAGUUGUUUUUCCACUGCAGAGCCAAGCUGUGCUACUGACGUCACACUCAACGAAAGACAGAUCCUCUGGCGUGUGCUGUGCAUAGCUAAUUUACGGAAAGCUUGCCACUGCAUCUCUUUCUGGAGUUGCUCCAACAGCUCCUUUUCACCAGGAUAAGGAUGUUCCAAUUAAUGACUGUCUUAGUUAAACGUCCUUUUCUAAUACGCUUCAAAGGGAGUAGAAUAGACGCAGAUGGAGCAUUCUCCUUUCCUUCCUCAUGGUCCUCUCUUGCUGUGUCUUUGCAGUGUGUGUGUCCAGGAUGAUCAUUUCGUGUUCACGAUCUUCCGUGGGUGUCCCGGGACAUACUAAGAUAGAAGCAGCCUGGAAAACAAAAAAACCCACCACAAAAACGUAAAAGUAAAGAAUAGAUCUGUGACUACAUCCCGGCUCUUCACUAGAAGCAAGUUGGUUUGGUUUAAUUUUGUCAAUAGGAAAUUAUUUUCUUUCCUGAAGAAAAUAUACAUUCAAAUCUCAGAUCUCAACCUAUUUAAGGCCCAUAGAAGAAAAGGGACUUGGCUCAGGCAAGGUGACCCUAUCAUAACUUUCUCACAAGAUACUGUUAAUAGUCUGCCUUUUUUAGGGAAGUAGCUCAAGCAAGUGCAGCUUUUAUGAAACACCGUUGAUAAUGAAUUCUACAAAACUGAAUGCAUUUGAACACUGCAGACUCCAGUAUGUUAUUAAGAAUACCUAAAGUCAUCACAGACCAACAAUUCUGAUAGUCAUUGUAUUGGAUUUUACCACAAUGGUUAGAAAUAAUGCAGUUUUUAGUGAUUACACUGUAUUUGAAAUGUCAUAACUAACACUUCUUCCAACAGACUCAGCAGGGAUAAAUCCAUAAAGUGUAAAUGAUGACUCGAGGAGACAUUUGUCGCACAAUGUCUGCAUGUGAUGUAGAUAAGAAUGCCAGUUCCAGUAUAAGAGCGAGCAUAUAGACUUGAAAAACAAAAAACACAAGUGCAAUUGGUUGCCAGGGAUCUUUUCUUAAAGGUCACACAAAUGGAAUAACUCUUUCAUAGAAGUGUGUUACAAACGGUAUUCUUGGAGAAAUGGUUCAAAAGAAUACACUUCUUGAAGAAAUAUGCCUAACAGACCAUUAGCAAUAAUUGACAAGGGCAACUUUUAAUUAAAUCACUGACAAUUUACUACUAUGCUGUUUUUUUUUUUCUCAUGGCUGGAAAGAUGGCUUCAUUUUAAAAGCUUUCAUUACUGAGCAGUACCCUGAAAAACACUGUGAGGAAAGAGAGCCAUACAGUAUGAAUGAGUCAAUAUAAUGAGGAGAAAAAUGCAGCAUUUAAAAACAAUGAAUUUUUAAGCUAUUUUGUGUGGAUGGGUAUGAAGGGCAUAACUUUGGAAGUUGAUAAAGACAUGAGUCAAAUCACAUUAAAAAGGAAAAAAUUUGAACACCGAG